AUGUGCCACAAGUCAGCGCUGUACCUUAUUGUUUUCCAGCUCCAAGAGGCUCCAAGCAACACUGAUCACGCAACCCCGCCUAUUGUCCAUAUCCAACGGAUCAACUAUCACUCCAUCACCCAUCAAACCAUCAAUCACCACGCGGCGGUGUCAAUUGUCAAUUGUCAUCUGCAAGGGCCGCUGACCCGGCCUUCUUCUUCUCGUGCUUCGUUGUCGUCUUUCCAGAAACCGCCAGCCCUUUCAUCCCCUCAGGAGGCGAGCGAGCAUGGCUGCGUCCCUCGAGCACCUGCGCGCGGAGAUGGCCGCCUGGCAGGACGCUCUCUCUGCUUACGACGCGGGAGACCUGCAGCGGUCCAUCCGGCUCUUCGAGGCGAGUCACGCACAUAUGGCGCACGGCCCAUCGCGGAGACCUCCAAGAUCAUCGUGAACGUGGCGCUGAUAUACGACCGCCUGGGCGAGCGCGCGGAGGCGAUCGAGCAGUACACAAAGGCGAUUGAGCUAGACAAGUACCUCGCUGUCGGGUACUUCCAGCGCGGCGUGUCGCGGUUCCACGCGGGCGACUUCGAGGGCGCGGCACAGGACUUUGGCGAAGCGGAGCGAAUGAUGCGGACCAACGUCGAGAUCGACUACGACGUGCUUGGAUUGAACUACAAAUUGAAGCUUCCCGAGAUCCGGUACAACAAAUGGCUUGCCUUGUCCCGACUGGACCGUACCGCGGACGCACGGGACGCUUUGAAGGCUUUCAACAAGAGCUCGCCCUCGCCAGAUCUAAGUGCUAGGAUGAAAGCUUCGGUUAAGGAUGUCAUCAAUGCCGAGCCUUGCUCUUUGCCUUCCGGGACCUUAUAUCGGCCUUCACCCAUCAAGUUGCAGAUGCUCAUGGGCGCAGCUCCCCCCUCCCCGUCCUUUCCCGCUCCUCCUGCCACCAUUCCGCCAACUACAACAGUAGCUGAGCAAUCAACAAGAAUGGAAUCCUCGUCGAAACCAAGCAAAAAGCGACACAAGAAGAAUCAGCAGUCGAUAAGUUCUGGCGAAGCUCCCGAUGCACCUGCCGAUGUGACCAGCUCCGAGUCAUCACGCGUCCAGCGCUCCUGGUUCUUCCGCCUCUUCUCCAUCUUUACAAGGAAGGCUUGAGAGCUCUUGUCCCCCAUAUCUGCGUGCUUUGCUGUCUUAUGUUAUGUAUUCUAUAUAUCUAUCUAUCUCGUACCCGUAGGAUUUUUUUACAUACCUUAGAACAUCUCCGCGGUCGGUUGGAAUCUGGAUUUCUGUGUACUCUUAAUUUAUUGCGUGGUUUGCGCGGUGGCUGCCUGUGA